AUGGUAAACGUCAAGGUUGAAUUUUUGGGAGGUCUUGAUGUUAUUUUCGACAAGCAAAGAACCUAUAAAUUAAGUGUUCCCAGCAGUAACGGAGAAGAAGUUACAGUUGGAACACUAAUCGACUACAUAGUUGAAAAAAUGAUAAAAAAUCCCGGGGACAAGUGUGUCUUUAUCGAAAAUGAUACUGUGCGGCCCGGAAUUCUAACGCUUAUAAAUGACACUGACUGGGAGCUGGAAGGUGAGAAGGACUAUGUUUUAGAAGAUGGCGACAUCGUAUCUUUUACUUCAACGCUUCAUGGAGGUUAA